AUCGGCGCCAGUAAUUCCGGCUCCCCUCCAGGUUGUUGGGGUGUAAGGGGCGUGACGAUUUGGGAGCGAGUGGAAGCUGCGCCCCGCGCCGCCCCUCCCGAGUGGACCGGCUGCAGCCAGAGGCUCCGGGAUCGCUGCGCGCUGCUGGGAGAGACGGAGACGGCGAUCCGCAGCGACUCGGUGUGCAAUGGCCUCGCAGGAGCUGGCGACCAAACUGCAGCGCAGGUUAGUCGUGGGGCAACCCGCAGUCACGGGCUGUGGGAGUUUCACGGAUAACUCGGUGGGACCCUGGGCUGAUGAGCCGCAGGAGAAACCUGCGACGGCUAAUGCCAACUCGGAGCUGAGCGCGAAGCUCACCAGGAGACUAGACAUCAACGAGGGCAACACGGAGCCGAAGAUGUCCAAAAUAUUCAACCCGUACACCGAAUUUAAAGAGUUCAGCAGAAAACAGAUAAAGGACAUGGAGAAAAUGUUUAAACGGUAUGACUCUGGGAAAGACGGCUUUAUUGACCUGAUGGAGCUGAAGAUGAUGAUGGAGAAGCUGGGGGCACCUCAGACCCACCUGGGCCUGAAGAGCAUGAUCAAGGAGGUGGACGAGGACUUUGAUGGCAAGCUGAGUUUCCGAGAGUUCCUCCUGAUCUUCCAGAAGGCUGCGGCGGGGGAGCUGCAGGAGGAGAGCGGCCUGCUGGCGCUGGCGAGGCUCUCCGAGAUCGACGUCUCGGCGGAGGGCGUGCUGGGAGCGCGCGACUUCUUCGAAGCCAAGGUGCAGGCUCUGGCCGCCGGCAGCAGGUUUGAGGCCGAGCUCCGGGAGGAGAAGGAGGAGAAGAGGCGGCAGGAGGCGGAGAAGAAGCAGCGCCGCGCCGCCUUCAGAGAGCUGCAGUCCGCCUUCAGCCCCUGAGCCCCGGCCCCCCGGUUCUCCCGGCCCUGAAGCGUCGGACCGGUGGAGCAGUGUCUGCUGGUCGUUCUCGGGGCUGCCUUGAGAGGAGAAGCCACUUCCACUCUGAAAGACACCCCCUAGCUGCGGUGCUGCACACGCUGAGCUUGAGAGUAAAGAAACCCCUCUGUGCUUUUAAAGACUGAAUACACCGUUAACGUGGGUGUAAGAAAUUCAAUUUUUUCCCCUAUCUUAUUCUAAAUAUUUUGGUGAGCAUGGUGAAUUAGUAUAAACCAAAACUGUUAUUUCAGGGGUUCUUUAUUCCCAAAACGGAUGUGAAACUGUCAUACGGGUGACCUGAGACUCCAGUACUUAGAGAAGUAUUUUAAAAGCUUCACUGAACAAACUUGUGACAACAUUAACGUAUGGGAAUAAGGUAAAAUCUUUUAUACGUUAGCACAGUGUAAGCAAGGAAAUGAUCACUUCAAAUCUCUUUCUUAACAUUACAUAAAGCAGGCUUUGUAGUUGUGAAAAUACUGGUUAGUUGUAGCCUAAUCUAGUCUAAUGUUUUAUUCCUUUAUAUUUAUCGGACUAACACUGAUGGUGAGACAUUCAGUCAUGGUUAUAAAAAAGGGACCGAUCUCUAAAGCAGAGGAGUAGUGUUCUGGCAUUGAGCCCUCGUGAUUCUAGCAGUGCUCAGCUCGCAUGCUAUAUCUGAACUAAAAUAUGCAAAAUCUGGGGGAUAAAAUGUUUUAGUAAAAAGUUCAAGCUGAUUAAGUAUUGGUUAUGUACAUUUUCUUGUCAGACCAGUAGCAUGGUAAGUUGCUGGAGAUAUUUGGGGAAGCCUGGGUUAGUGAAGGGGAGUUGUCAGUGUGGGUGUGCUCAUGGUCAGGCUACUGGAGAGGUUUACUGUUUCUCCCAUAGCUGGUGGGGUAAUGAAGGGGUUUUGCUUAAACCAGUGGAGAGUAAAUGAUCCUCAACUUUUCAUCAAGCUGCCUUUCUGCUUCUGGUUCGAACUGACGCAUCCAGCUGACCAUGAGUGACCAUGUCUCUCUUCUAUAAAAUUAACAGGAUGUAUUACAUCCGCUGACUUUUAAAACAUGGGUUUCUACUCAUCUCUGUUGUACAUUAUUUCAAGGAAAUCAUUUUAGAAUUCUCCUGUGUAAAGACAGCCAUCCCAAAGCUCUAUAAAAUAAACUGUAUAAAUGAAAUGAUAUUUAAUAAUGGGGAAAAUGCCGUACGUUGCUCCAAAAAGAUUUGUUCAGCUUGAACAGACUAAACCUCCAAUUUAACAAAAUCCAUCUGCCCUUAUUUUAUGAAAAUGAGUUGUCAUGACACUGGUUAAAAGGAAAAUUUGGAAACCUCUGAAUCUUACAGAAAUGUUUGAAAGGAACUGUUACAAACGCAAAACAUCUUGCACAGCCCUAGUUAACAAUCCAGCAUUUGUGGGCUAAAGUGUAGAUAGUCUUAUCUGAGAGACCAGAUGGGUCUUUUAACACUUGUCUUCUUCAGUUUUCUUUGCUGUUUUGGAGGAUGUGAUCCCAGCUGAGGACUUAUUAUUAAGAAUAUUUUAAGCUUUUAUUAUAGUAGAUGUAAUAUUUAUGAUAUUAUAAUGUUUGACUCAAUAAUCACACUGGGUGUUUCUCAUGUUUAAUUAAUGACCAAGAAGUACUUAUUUUUUAAUGUUUGUGUAAUAAAGCUGAAAAAAAUAAAUUAGACAAUUGUAUUUUUCUGAAAUAA